GCUUUGUGCUUCCUGUUUACGGGCGGGAAGAGUGAACCUGCGACUCAGCCUUUAACGUGCAAUACUUUUACAUUGCCGUUGAAUCUUUCCCGGUUUGCCUUCGGAUUGUUUUAUUACUUUUAAUUCCUUUUAUUAAUUCUGCGCUGACGGCUCGUGCGCCGGUUGUCUCUGGCGGAAGUGUGAAGCUCUGAUGGAGGAGGCUGCAGCGGAGGGCCCCGCGGCGGAGGUGACGGAGAUCCGCUGCCCCGCCGGAGCGCGUCCUCUGCGGCUGCUCGAGUGGAAGGUGAAGCCCGGGGUUCUGGUGAACGUGGACUCCGUCAUCGCGGUGUGUGCGCCGAUCCCCGCCGAGGGCGAGCGCCGAACGGCCGAGAAGAAGCUGAAGUCGGACCGCGCUGGAGUUGUGCGGGAACUGUGCGGUCAGCUCGGACAGGUCAUCCCGCCUGGGAGUGUGAUAGCAAAAGUGGAAGAAUGCAGUCAUCCCGUGGUAAUGAAGGGCUUGUGUGCCGAAUGCGGCCAGGACUUAACUCAACUACAGAGCAAGAAUGGAAAGCAGCAGGCGCACAUCUCUACAGCGACUGUUUCCAUGGUGCACAGUGUUCCCGAGCUGAUGGUCAGCUCAGAGCAAGCGGAGCAGCUCGGCCGAGAGGACCAGCAGAGGCUUCACAGGAACAGGAAGUUGGUGCUGAUGGUGGAUCUGGACCAAACGCUGAUCCACACCACUGAACAGCACUGCCAGCGCAUGUCCAACAAGGGAAUCUUUCAUUUCCAGCUGGGACGGGGGGAGCCUAUGCUUCACACACGACUGCGACCUCACUGCAAAGACUUUCUAGAGAAGAUCGCCAAACUGUACGAGCUGCACGUCUUCACCUUUGGCAGCCGUUUGUACGCUCACACCAUUGCAGGUUUUUUAGACCCUGAAAAGAAGCUGUUCUCUCAUCGGAUCAUGUCGAGAGAUGAAUGCAUUGACCCCUUCUCUAAGACGGGCAACCUCAGAAAUUUGUUCCCCUGUGGAGACUCCAUGGUGUGCAUCAUAGACGACCGAGAGGACGUGUGGAAGUUCGCCCCCAACCUCAUCACAGUGAAGAAGUACAUCUACUUCCAGGGCACCGGUGACAUCAACGCCCCACCGGGCUCACGAGAGGCCCAGAUGGCCAGGAAAGGUAACCAGGCUGGUCGGCCUGCAGAGAACUUGGAACCGUCAGGACAGGAAGAACAGAGAAACAGCCUCAGGAAAUCCAGUAAGGACCCCAAAACUGGGAAUGUGGACUCGUCCCCCUCUGCCACUGCCACUCAGGGAGCAUCAGCUAAUGAGAGGACUCAACCCGCAGGGGAACGGCCCACUGACAACACAGAAUUAACUGACAAGUGUAAUGUGAAAGCAGAGGGCGAGGGCAGCUCAGGUGAAACGGGCAUCUCAAACACUGCUGCCAACGACCUGGAUUUUGACCUUUCCAGCGACAGCGAAAGCGAGGGUAAAACGGGAUUAUCUGACAGCGAUGGCGAAGCCAAACUAAGCCAAACAAAAACAGAGGAGUGUAAAAGCAAAGCAGAUGAUGGGGAAGGGGACAAACAGAGGACAGAGGGGGAUGAUGUCCCAGAAACAGAUCCCGAGGACCUCAGUGAUUUGGGCAAUGGCUGUUCUGACAAGAAGGAAGUUGAAACUGAGUCUCAAAACAGCGAGCAGUCAGGCGUCACCAUGGGUGAGGAGUCUUUAGAUCACAGUAUGGAGGAUGAGGACGAUGAGGAAGAGGAAGACAUUGACCAGGACGACCACCUGAUUUACUUGGAGGAGGUUUUGGUUCGCAUCCACAGAGAGUAUUACUCGCGCUACGAGGCCUUCCUCAGGAAAGAGAGUUCAGAGAGUCCGGACAUACGGAAGAUCAUUCCCGAACUGAAGGGCUCCGCGCUGGCAGGCACCACCAUCAUCUUCAGUGGCUUGUAUCCCACCAACUACCCAAUAGAGCGCACGAGGGAGUGGUACCACGCCAAGGCACUGGGUGCCAAGCUUAGCAAGACCCUUGUGCUCAAUGCCAAAGACCCAAACCGCACCACUCACCUUAUUGCUGCACGCGCAGGUACCGAGAAAGUUCGUCAAGCUCAGGGCUUUAAACAUCUCCACGUGGUGAAUCCUGAUUGGUUGUGGACCUGUUUGGAGCGCUGGGAGCGAGUCGAGGAGCAACUCUUUCCUCUCAAAGAGGACUAUAACAAAUCACACAGGAGCAAUAGUCCCGCCAUGUUUCCAGACAUCCCCGGGUCUGUCCCGAAGCCUUUGUUCCAGGCCCCUCCUGUCCAGCAGAAGCCCCUGCCAGCGCCGGAAAUGAGGACGUAUGACCCCGUCACUGGCAAAUUGAUCCGCCGGGGUUCUCUGGCCUCCCGUCCACCCUCUUAUCUGCACUCACAUGAAUCGUCCAUGUCAGCCAAAGGAGAUCUCAGGUCAGCUCAGGGGUCUCAGCAGUCGGAUCAGGCUGCAGGAUCGAGUCCCGAUGAUGAGCAGCCAGGACCUUCCCGCAGGAAACGACAGCCCAGCAUGUCCGAAAGCAUGCCGCUCUACACACUCUGCAAAGAAGACCUGGACAGCAUGGACAAAGAGGUGGAUGACAUCCUUGGGGAAGAGAGUGACAAUGAAAGCGAGGGGAAAGGGAAAGAGGAGAGGAUGGAGGUAGUGGAGGAGGACGAGGAAGAACAGCCCCACAUGAGCAAGCAGAAGGCCCCAGCAUCAGAUCACGUUCGGCCACUGCCACAACAAACAUCGACCAGAGAAGAAGUCUGUGUAGCGGGGAAUGCGCCAAGGGGCCACAAAAGAAAACUGGAGGAGGCCAGAGAAGAUAACAACGACGAUGAUGAUGGUGGCUCCAGUAAAGACUCCAAUGAGGAGGGCAGCAGCUCAGAGGCUGACGAGAUGGCUGCUGCACUGGAGGCGGAGCUAAAUGAUUUCAUGUGAUCUGAUUGGACGGCGAUGCAUAUGAACUAUUCUGUUCUCAUAAGGUACCAGAGAUGAAACAUGCGAUUGUGUCGCUGUUAUACAGCGCAACUAAAUGUGUGUGUGUGUGUGCGCACGUGUGUGAGAAUAAAACAAAGGGGUUUACAAAGUAGAUAGAUAUGUACAGAUAGAGUUUUAGUAGGAUAAGUCCAACACAAAGUCAUUUUAUUGUGAAUUUACUUAGAGUACAUAGACACUUAGAGCAGUGUGGGAAGUAGAGCUUCUGUGUCUGAUGUUUUACUUAGUUUCUGUUCCAAAAUUAAUUUUUAUAUAAAUGUACAUGAAAUAUUUCAACUAAUUGGUAAGAAUGCCAAAGACUCUGAAGAGCUCUGCUCAUGGACCCCUCAGGAGACUUUUGGAGGGGUUUAUGGUCCUCACCAGCAGUCAAAAUCAGACAUCCGAAUGUGUCCAUAGUCGUCUCUUUCCUUUGGUUUUGUGUGGUGCCCCUGUGUGUGACUGACACUGUGCUGCACCAAUCCCAGAAAACCAGCACCUCUAGACACGCCCACAGCCACUAUUAACAGAAGAAACUGCUACGUGAAGAACUGAUAAGAAUGUGAAAUGUACAAUCAGUAAUACACCUGCAACAGACGUUUAAAUCACACCAUUAUGAUUAUGGUUUGCAGCUGAUUUAUCACAAUACAGAAGGAGUAGUUCGCAAAAAGACUUGUAAAGUUCUGUCAUCAUUUACUCACUCCCUGCAAACCAAGAAACAUAUAAUGCAAUGUGAAGUCGAAUGUCUGAGCUGCCACAGUCCAAAUUUAACACCUUGAAAGUGAUCCAUAUGACUUCUGAAAAAGCUUCAUGUUUUAAUAUUCAUUAUGGCUUUUUAGAGCUUGGUGAAGUGAAAGAUUAUCAGUUUGCUCCUCACACAAUGAUAUCAUAUUGCGUCUAAAUGUGCUUAUAAAUCAAAUGGGCCACUUUUAAUGCCUUUGUUCAUCUUGUAGUUUGAUAUUAUAAAUCCAGUUUUUGUUGUAGUCAAAAGAGCUGCUCAGACACUCUGUCUUCAUUAGCGUUUCGCAAAAGAAAGAAAAAUACCAUUUGGAACAGCAUGUGCUAGUAAAUGAUAACAGACUUGGAUACAUCUUAGAUACUCCUAAAAUGACAUUUAAAUGCUAUCAGCAUACAGAUAUCGUCGUCAUCAUUUGGCCUCAGGUGCUGAUAGUGAACACUGUGGCAGCAUUAAACCGGGUGUUUGGUUGGCUCUCACGCCACCCUGAACCAUCACUGUACACACUGAUCAGAUCUGGGUCUGUGUGCAUCGAAACUGCAUGUCUGAGACCAGUUUCGUGAAUUCACUGGUUGGAGAUGGUAUUCUUGUGCUGAGCUGCUUGAACAAUGAGACGUCUAGAUCUAACUCAGUUUCUAAGAGGUUUGUGCACCUCAUCUGUCGUGUUUUUGACUGAUGGAUUUUCUUUCACUUUCAUUGUGGUGUUGUUUUCAACGAUGCAAAGUAUUUGUAUAUUCUAUUUUGUACUUGGAAAAGAAAAUACCUUUCAUUUAAUAAAGAUUUGUUUUAUAAACCA